ACGAGCACAGGGACAAGCUACCAUGGCAGGGCUUCCCAUCAAGUUUGAGGAGCACCUCCAGCUCACUCAGGCGCCCUACAAUAUCCCCCAAUCGGCCAUCGGCUUCAACACCCUCACCCUGCAAUCAGACCGCUGGGUCUGUGUACGCGAUGCAGAGUCCUCGCAGCUCAUCGUCAUUGACGUGCAUAACCCAAGCAGCAUCAUGCGAAGGAAUAUCCAAGCAGACCACGCCAUCAUGCACCCAAAACAAAACAUCAUUGCCCUCAAGGCACAACGACAGCUGCAAAUCUUCAAUCUCGACGCAAAGGCAAAGCUCAAGGCACAUGCCAUGCAUGAAGAUGUCAAGUACUGGACAUGGGUCUCGGAAACGGUCAUUGGUAUGGUCACACCAACAGCCGUGUACCACUGGUCCCUCACGACAGAAGACGCGCCGAAAAAGAUGUUUGACCGGAGUGCAAACUUGCAAGACGCGCAAAUCAUCAAUUACAAGGUGAAUAGCGAUGAAAAGUGGUUCGUUGUUGUCGGCAUCAAGAGUGACAAUGGUCGUAUUGUGGGUGCUAUGCAGCUCUACAAUGCAGACCGAGGACAGUCGCAGCCCAUUGAAGGUCACGCUGCUGCAUUUGCACAAGUCAAGCUCGAAGACAAUCCAGCGGAGACCAAACUUUUUUCGUUUGCCGUGCGCACAGAGACAGGCGCGAAGCUGCACAUUGUGCCAAUUGAUCCCAACCCCGCCAACCAAGUCUUUACAAAGAAGCAGGUGGAUGUCUUUUUUCCUCCCGAGGCAGUCAACGAUUUUCCUGUUGCUAUGCAAGUGUCGAAGCGAUACGGCAUCAUUCACCUCGUCACAAAGUACGGCUUCAUUCACUUGUACGACCUCGAAACGGGCGUGUGCAUCUACAUGAAUCGCAUCUCGAGCGAGACGGUAUUUACAACCACAGAUCACGAUGCUACUUCCGGCAUCCUCGGCAUCAACCGCAAAGGUCAAGUGCUCAGUGUGUCGGUGGAUGAAAACAACAUGAUUCCCUACAUCAUGAACACUCUGAGCGAUGCAACGCUCGCAGUGAAAUUGGCCGGUCGUGGCAACUUGCCAGGCGCCGAUGACAUUUAUGUGCAACGCUUCCAACAACUCUUUAGCAGUGGCAAUCUCGCAGAAGCAGCCAAAGUCGCCGCCAACUCCCCACGCGGUAUUUUGCGUACUCAAGACACCAUCAACCGCUUCAAGCAGGCACCUGCCGCACAAGGUGGUCUGUCGCCUAUUCUACAAUACUUUGGUUCCCUUCUUGACAAGGGCUCGCUGAAUGAGUAUGAAACGAUGGAGCUCUCUCGACCAGUCAUCCAACAAGGUCGUGUGCAACUCCUUGAGAAAUGGUUUGGCGAAGACAAGCUUGCCUGCAGCGAGGCGCUCGGCGACUUGGUGCGCAUGUCCAACCUCAACCUGGCCUUGCAAAUCUACCUCAAAGCCAAUGUGCCAAGCAAGGUUGUUGCGUGUUAUGCCGAGACUGGGCAAUUUGAUCAAAUUGUACCGUAUGCAGCUCAAUCAGGCUACAGUCCAGACUAUGCUGCAUUGCUACAGCACAUUGUCCGUAUCAACCCAGAGCGUGGUGCUGAAUUCGCAACACAGCUUGCCAACACUGAAGGCGGCUCAUUGGUCGACAUUGACCGUGUCGUGGAUGUUUUCAUGAGCCAAAACAUGAUUCAACAAGCAACCGCAUUUCUAUUGGAUGCUCUCAAGGACAACCAGCCCGACCAAGGACACUUGCAAACACGUCUGCUUGAAAUGAAUUUGCUCAAUGCACCUCCUGUUGCGGAUGCCAUUCUCGGAAAUGAAAUGUUUUCUCACUUUGACAAGCCCAUGAUUGCGGCGCUGUGUGAAAAGGCUGGCUUGUACCAACGAGCACUCGAGCUGUAUGAUUCGCCAAAGGACAUUAAGCGGGUCAUUGUGCAGACGCAUAUUCUCAACACUGAAUGGCUUGUUGGGUACUUUGGCAAGCUCUCUGUUGAGCAAUCGCUUGAGUGUUUGGAUGAGAUGAUGAAGCAAAACAUUCGCCAAAAUCUGCAGGUGGUUGUGCAAAUCUCGACAAAAUAUAGCGACUUGCUUGGUGCGCACCGUCUCAUUGACAUGUUUGAGCGUUACAAGACGCCAGAAGGUUUAUACUACUACCUUGGAUCGGUCGUCAACUUGUCAGAAGAUCCAGAAGUGGCAUUCAAGUACAUUCAAGCUGCUGCAUCCAUCGGCCAACUCAAGGAAGUCGAACGCGUAUGCCGCGAAUCCAACGCCUACAAUCCCGAAAAGGUUAAAAACUUUUUGAAGGAAGCCAAGCUGCCGGAUCAGCUCCCACUUAUUAUUGUGUGCGACCGAUUCGACUUUGUGCACGACUUGGUCUUGUACCUGUACAAGAACCAGCUCUUCAAGUUCAUUGAAGUGUAUGUACAGCGCGUCAAUCCCUCGCGCGCUCCUGCGGUCAUUGGCGGCUUGCUCGACGUCGACUGCGAUGAAAGCAUCAUCAAGUCAUUGCUCAUGUCAGUCAUUGGCCAAGUUCCCGUUGGCGAGCUCGUUGCAGAAGUGGAAAAGCGUAAUCGCCUCAAAAUGCUGCUACCCUUCCUUGAAAUGACCCUCAGCCAAGGCACACAAGACAAAGAGGUGUACAAUGCCCUUGCCAAAAUCUACAUUGACAGCAACAACAAUCCUGAAAAGUUCCUCAAGGAAAACGACAUGUACGAUUCAGCUGUUGUUGGCAAGUACUGCGAAAAGCGUGACCCACACCUCGCAUUUAUUGCCUAUCAAAAAGGUCAAAAUGACAUGGAUCUCGUGCGCAUCACGAAUGAGAACCAAAUGUUCAAGCAGCAAGCACGCUAUCUGCUCGCACGUCGUGAUGGUGACUUGUGGUCGCAAGUGUUGCAGGAAAACAGCUUCCGCAGGCCAUUGGUGGAUCAAGUCAUUGCCACGGCUGUUCCGGAAUCGUCGUCGCCCGAAGAUGUGUCUGUUGCAGUCAAGUCCUUUAUGGCUGCUGAUAUGCCCAUUGAGCUGAUUGACUUGCUCGAAAAGAUCAUCCUCGAGCCAUCCGCGUUUAGCGACAACCAAAACCUUCAGAAUCUCUUGAUUUUGACGGCCAUCAAGUCAGACAAAGGCCGUGUGCGCGACUACAUUCAAAAGCUCGACAAUUACGACGCACCAGACAUUGCACAGAUUGCAAUCCAGAGUGGUCUUCAUGAAGAAGCCCUCGCCAUUUACGAGAAGACUGGCGCUCAUCACGAUGCUGUUAAUGUGCUGGUGGAGCACAUUGUCUCCAUUGAUCGUGCUGCCGACUUUGCUGAGAAGGUGGAUACGCCCGUCGUAUGGUCCCGUCUCGGAAAAGCGCAAAUUGAUGGUCUCCGCGUGACUGAUGCGAUUGACUCGUACAUCAAGGCGCAAGACCCAGGCAAUUACGCUGAAGUGAUUGAAAUUGCCGACCGCGCUGGCAAAUCGGAGGACCUCAUCCGGUUCCUCCAAAUGGCUCGCAAGACAGUGCGCGAGCCCAUUGUUGAUACGUCGUUGUUGCUAUCGUACGCCAAGACGGACCGCGUCCAUGACCUUGAAGACUUUUUGCAGGGAACCAACGUUGCCGACGUCAACAAGGCUGGAGAGGAUUGCUACGACGCUGAACAAUACCAAGCAGCCAAGAUCCUCUUUACCAGCAUCUCCAACUGGGCGCGCUUGGCAGAAACGCUUGUCCACCUUGGUGAAUACCAAAAUGCCGUCGACUGUGCACGCAAGGCCAACAGCAUCAAAGUCUGGAAGCAAGUCAACCAAGUGUGCAUCGACAAGAAGGAAUUCCGCCUUGCUCAAAUUUGCGGUCUCAAUCUGAUUGUCCACGCUGAAGAAUUGCCAGACCUCGUCAAGCAGUACGAGUACAACGGUUACUUUGAAGAACUCAUCAGUCUCAUGGAAGCUGGUCUCGGUUUGGAGCGCGCACACAUGGGCAUGUUUACGGAGCUUGCCAUUCUAUACACAAAGUACAAGCCAGAAAAGGUCAUGGAGCACCUCAAACUCUUUUGGGGACGUAUUCAGAUGCCAAAGACGAUUCGUGCGUGCGAACAAGCGCAUCUCUGGCCGGAGCUUGUGUUCUUGUACGUGCACUAUGAUGAAUUCGACAAUGCCGCAUUGACCAUCAUGGAGCGUAGUGCCGAUGCCUGGGAGCAUGCGCGCUUCAAGGAAAUCAUGGUCAAGGUGGCAAACCUCGAAAUUUACUACAAGGCCGUCAACUUUUACCUGCAAGAGCAGCCAAUGCUCUUGACAGACUUGCUGCAGACCCUCACACCUCGCAUUGAUCACACGCGUGUGGUACGUCUGUUUGAAAAGUCAGAUAACAUUCCCCUCAUCAAGACUUACCUUGUUGCUGUUCAGGAGCGCAACAUUGAGGCAGUCAACCGCGCCUACAAUGAGUUGUUGAUUGAAGAGGAGGAUUAUCGCGGCUUGCGCGAUUCCGUGGAUGCCUUUGACAAGUAUGAUACUCUGGCUCUUGCACAACGUCUUGAGAAGCACGAUUUGCUCGAAUUUAGACGCAUUGCAGCGCAUCUCUACCGCAAGAUGAAGCGUUGGCAGCAUGCCAUUGACCUCGCCAAGCAAGAUCGUCUUUGGAAAGAUGCAGUGGAUAUCGCUGCAGUCUCUGCCAAGCCCGAGAUUGUGGAAGACUUGGUGCGAUACUUUGUAUCGGUUGGCAACAACGAAGUCUUCGCCGCCAUGCUGUAUACGUGCUACCACCUGAUUUCACUCGACCUGGUCAUGGAAUUGUCGUGGCGCUACAAGCUGAAUGACUUUGUCAUGCCGUACAUGAUCAAUCACCAACGGGAGCAGAGUGCGCGGCUGGAGCAGCUCCACCUCGACAAUGAGGAGCGGAAGAAGAAGGAUACGGCGACUGUUGAAAAGGAAGAAUCAACACCCAUGAUUACGAAUCCUCUGUUGAUUACAUCGGGUGGGUAUAUGAAUGGUGGCAUGCAGGCGCAGCAAACUGGGUUCUACUAGAUAUGCGAUAGCUAUGUUACUGUUUGGUCUUUUUCGUUGCUGGCUUCUUUUUUGUGCUCUUUUCCGGUGCCUUGCGCUUCGUCGUUGUUGCGCCAGGAAUAGGUUUAAAGAAGCUAUCGAGACGGCCUUGCUGCUUUUGCUUCGUGGCCUUGCGUAACUUGUCGGCGCCGUUGCGGACACGCUGAACAUCAAAGCCCUUGUCGUCACAUAGAAAUGCAAUGAGUGCAUCGACGUCUGGCUCGUUCCAUUCAAGUGUCAAGUCUGCAAUGGAUGUCUUAAUGCGCGGAAUCUCGGGAGCCUGAGAUGCCGACAAGUCUG